AAGCUGAUACAAACUUUCUCCUCUCCGCCGGUUGAGAGCACCGACCCUCCGGUCUGUCCGGUUACUGAGCCUGUUGAACAAAAGAAAGAAAGUGAAGUUAUAAAACCGGACAAAGAAGGAAUAAGCUAACACACAAACAGGAGAGAAACAGGACUAAUUUAGUUAACUGAUUUAAAAUAGUUAAAAAAAUAAAGCUGGGGAAAGUUCGGUGUUUCAGAGCACGGAGGUAAAUGGAAGCGCAGUUGUUGUGUUGUGAGGGGGACAGGCCUGCUAUCCGGAGGGCCUACCGGGACACCAACCUGUUGACUGACCGGGUCCUGCAAGCUCUUCUGCGGGCAGAAGACAAGUACCUCCCCGCUCCGAACUACUUCAAAUGCGUCCAGAAGGAGAUCUCUCCCUACAUGAGGAGGAUAGUGGCCACCUGGAUGCUGGAGGUGUGUGAGGAGCAGAAGUGUGAAGAGGAUGUCUUCCCCCUCGCUAUGAACUACCUGGACCGCUUCCUGUCAGUAGAGCGAACAAAGAAGGCUCACCUGCAGUUACUGGGAGCUGCCUGCAUGUUCCUGGCGUCCAAACUGAAGGAGACGAUUCCCCUGACUGCAGAGAAACUCUGCAUCUACACCGACAACUCCAUCUCACCUGUUCAGCUGCUGCAGAUGGAGCUGAUGGUUUUGAACAAGCUGAAGUGGGACCUGGCCUCUGUAACCCCUCUGGACUUCAUAGACCACUUCCUGUCUCAGCUGGCAGUAAGGCGGGAGAACCGACCGAUCCUCAGGAAGCACGCUCAGACGUUUGUGGCACUCUGUGCGACAGACGUGAAGUUCAUAGCGAGCCCCCCGUCCAUGGUGGCUGCAGGCAGCAUGGUGGCAGCGGUGGAGGGUCUGCAGAUGAGGAUGGUGGGAAACAGCUCCAUGUAUGAGAAACUGACGGAGCAGCUGGCUCAGACCAUCAGGAGCGACCCGGACUGUCUCCGAGCGUGUCAGGAGCAGAUCGAGUCCCUGCUGGAGACCAGCCUCAGACAGGCUCAACAACAGCAACACUCCGUCGCCAUGGAAACCAAGAGCAGCAGCGAGGGGCAGGACCUCUCGGCCACGCCCACAGAUGUGAGAGAUGUAAACAUCUGACCGAGGAGGGGUAAAAGAACACGGUGGAUCUGACGCAGAUCUGAUCGAUAAGCUCCGCAGAGACUCAACGGUGUGUCCGAACUGUGAACAGGAAGUCAAAGAUGAACUGUGUGAAAGAAAGGAAGGAGGAGGAGCUGAUUGGACAGAAAC